UGACUUCCCGUCAUCGUCCCGUGCCUUUAAUUAUCUACCAGCACAUUUGGGAAAUAAUGUCUGUCUUUGGCGAGGGCGAUGACGAAUUCCAGUUUCUACGAACGGGUGACGAGGUGGUUCUGCAAAGCGUCUUCACUUCUCAGGAAGAGCAUGUGAAACUUUGCCUUGCUGCCGAGGGCUUUGGCAGCAGGCUGUGCAGGCUGGAGGCCACCUCCAACUGUAAGAAUGUUCCACCAGACCUGUCAGUGUGCCGCUUCUUCCUGGCCCAGUGUGUGUCUGUGCGAGCUCUGCAGGAGAUGCUGGCACACAGCGAAAGCUUGGUGGCAGAGGUUAUCUCAUACCAUCACUUAUCAUUUAAUUUCCACACUCUGUAGACUGGGGGGAACCAUCGUACCCUUCUGUAUGGCCAGGCUGUGCUGUUCCGGCAUUCGUACAGCGACACGUAUCUUAGUUGCUUGUCCACAUCUCAAUCCUCCACUGACAAGCUGGCUUUUGAUGUUGGUCUGCAGGAGGAUAAAGCCGGUGAGGCCUGUUGGUGGACUGUGCAUCCAGCUUCCAGACAGAGGUCGGAGGGAGAGAAAGUACGUGUUGGUGAUGACCUCAUCCUGGUCAAUGUGUCCUCAGAGAGAUAUUUGCACUUGUCCUUUGGCACGGCCUGUGGCAACAGAGGCUUGGGUGACAGUCUAAUUGUGGAUGCAUCCUUCCGGCAUUCUCUGUGGAGUGUUGCCCCCGUCUGCUCUGCAAGUAGACUCGCUCAAGGAUACCUGAGGGGCGGCGACACGCUGCGACUGCUCCACAGCCACACUGACGCAUGUCUGACUAUUCCCACAGCAGAGCAGGAUGAAGAGCUGCAAAGGAUAAUGCAGUAUGAGAUUGGAUCAGUGUGCAGACAUGCCCGCUCUCUGUGGAGGCUGGAGAUCCUGCGUGUGGUGUGGAGCGGCCGACAUACUAGCUGGGGAGAGCCCUUUCGACUCUGCCAUGUGACGACUGGACGCUACCUGGGCCUGACAGAUGAACGAGGCCUCCAUCUGGUUGAUCGGACCAAGGCAGACAUCAACGCAACCUCCUUCUGCUUUCAGUCUGCCAAGGAAAAGCUGGACUCUGGAACAAAGACUCAUGUGGAUGGCAUGGGAUCCCCAGAGAUCAAAUACGGAGACUCCGUUUGUUACCUUCAGCAUGUCGACUCUGGCCUGUGGCUCACCUACCAAGUGACUGAUAGCAAGUCUGCAUGUGUGGGAGGAGCUAAGCGAAAGGCUAUUUUGCACAGUGAGGGUCAUAUGGACGAUGGAUUGACGCUGUCUCGGUCUCAGAGGGAAGAAUCUCACACUGCCAGUCUCAUCCGGAGCGCCACUCUCCUCUUCACUACCUUUAUCAGGGAACUUGAUUCUUGUAGUGGCCAAGUAAACCUCCAGCCCAUUGUUUUACCAAUGGAGAUUGUGACAAGCAGUCUGCAGGACCUAAUAAGCUUUCUCCGGGCGCCACGAGAGGAGCAGAGCCACGAAGCGCGACAAAACAGCCAAUCAGCAUUAAAGAAUCGGCAGAACAUGUUUCAAGAAGAGGGAGUGAUAGAGUUGGUAUUGGAGUGUAUCGACCGUCUACACCAGUACAGUCACGCUUCGCAUCUUGCUGAGGCUGCUGCGAAUAAUGCUGAAGAAAACUGGGAGAACAUCCUUGGGCUCUUUUAUGAGCUUCUGGCGUCUCUGAUUAGGAGAAACCGUGCAAACUGUGCACAUUUCUCUAGUUCGCUUGACUGGCUCAUUAGCAGACUGGACCAACUGGAGGCCUCUUCUGGAGUUUUGGAGGUUCUGCACUGCGUCUUAGUGGAAAGCCCUGAAGCACUUAAUGUCAUCAAACAGGGACACAUCCAGUCUAUCAUUGCUUUUUUAGACAAGCAUGGAUGCAACCACAAGGUGCUCGAGGUGCUGUGUUCUUUGUGCGUGUGCCAUGGCGUUGCGGUGCGCUCCAAUCAGAACCUCAUCUGUGACAAUCUGCUGCCAGAGAGAGACUUGCUGCUGCAAACACGUCUUGUUAAUCAGGUCACCAGUGUGAGGCCCAACGUCUUCUUGUCUCUUGGGGAAGAUUCGGCACAGCCUCGCCAGUGGUACUAUGAGCUGGUCGUGGAUCAAGUCGAGCCUUUCCUCACGGCGGAGCCCACGCACUUGCGCAUCGGUUGGGCUCUAACCGACGGCUACCAGCCCAGGCCCACUGGAGGACACGGCUGGGGGGGCAACGGCGUGGGAGAUGACCUCUGCUCCUUUGGCUUUGAUGGGCUUCACUUGUGGUCAGGUUGCGUGGCCCGCAGAGUAAGCUCUCCUUUCCCUCACCUGCUGGCAGACGAUGACGUUGUCAGCUGCUGCCUGGACCUUAGCGCCCCCUGCAUCUCAUUUCGGGUCAACGGUCUCCCUGUGCAGGGCAUGCUGGAGAACUUCUGUGUCGAUGGACUUCUUCAUCCCGUUGUCAGCUUCUCACCUGGAGUCAAGGUUCGGUUUCUGUUUGGAGGAGAACACGGAGAAUUCAGAUUCCUUCCCCCGCAUGGUUUUGUGGCGUGUUCUGAUGCUCUGCUCCCGAAAGUGGAAUUGAAGGUAGAACCCUGCCAUAAGUACCUCUUGGCUCAUGAAGAUGGGAAACGAGAGCUUAUUGGCCCCUUUGAGCCCAUCAUUCCAGUUACCUUCACACCCUCACCAGUAGACAUCAGCAAGGUGGAACUACCUUUGCAAUUUGAGGAUAUCCGGGAUAAAAUCGCUGAGAACAUCCAUGAACUCUGGGUUAUAGAAAGGAUUGAUCUUGGAUGGACUCAAGGCAAUGAGCGAGAUGAAGGGAAGCGACUUGAUCCGUGUCUGGUGGAGUUCUCCAAGCUGCCCGAUCAGGAGAGGAACCAGAACCUUCAGACUGCCCAGGACACCCUUAGGACUCUUCUUGCGUUUGGUUUUCACAUUGGCUUAAAUGAUGAGCGUACAGAGGAAAGCAUCCCCUUCAUGAGACUCUCCAACAGGUACGAGCAGCCCGGUGGCUACAGACCUGCGCCGGUAGAUACGAGCCACGUUUUUCUGAGCCCCCCUCAUGAGGAAGCGGUCAAAUUGCUGGCAGAGAAUGACCACACCAUCUGGGCCAGAGAGCGUAUCAAGCAGGGAUGGACUCACGGAGUUCGACAGGAUGGGAAACUAAAGCGGAGCCCAAACCUUGUGCCGUACAGUCUCCUUGAUGAAAGGAGUAGAAAAAUGGGACAAAAAUGUGUCAAGGAAGCAGUUUGCACCCUACUGGCCUAUGGUUACAGCCUGGAGAGCCUCCAUCAGGAAAAUAUCAUUUUAUCAAACGGAUGCGUCGUCUCUAGUGAAAAGUGCAAAGUGUUCCGAGCAGAUAAAUCAUUUGCCGUGACUCUGGGGAAGUGGUACUUUGAAUGCGAACUGGUCACUUCGGGGAAUAUGAGAGUCGGCUGGGCCAGGCCUGGCUGCACCCCUGAUAAAGAGCUGGGCUCAGAUGACCAAGCGUUUGUGUAUGAUGGAUUUGAGGCUCGUUGGUACCAUCAGGGUGGAGAGCCUCUGGGACGUGCCUGGCAGCGGGCGGAUGUGGUGGGUUGCUUGCUAGACAUGACUGAAAGCACCAUGAUGGUCACGCUCAAUGGAGAGUUGCUGUUUAAUGACCGAGGUUCAGAGUUGGCUGCUAAGGACUUUGACAUCAGAGAUGGUCUGCUCCCCGUGGUCAGUGUGGGUGUGAACCAGGUGGUGAGGCUUAACCUCGGCCGCCAAGAGGGCUCUCUCCAGUACUUUAGUGCGUGCGGUCUACAGGAGGGUUAUGAGCCUUUUGCUGUCAAUAUGGCUCGAGAUCCUUCCCUGUGGAUGAGUUGGAAACAGGCUCAGUUUAUGUCGAUACUGCCAGACGAUCCUACCUUGCAGGUCAAUAGAGUCAGUGGCUCAAAUGAGUCCUUAUCAAGCCUGAGGGUCUCACAGCAGUUGUUGGCACACCACGGCGGAGGCAGUGAAAUGGGCUUUUACCGUCUCAGCAUGUCCAUCCAGUGUGCCGCUGUCCUCACCAGCCCGGUGGGGCUGCCAGUGGCAUCCAGCUCUUUUUCUCCAGGAAGGCGAGAGCAGGAGGAGGUGGACUCUGACUUUGAAGUGCUGAUGAAGUCAGCCACCAGCUUCGCUAGUUCAAGAGAUGAGUUUGAGUACAAGGAUCACGGCCAGGACAAAACGUCACGACUGAAGCAGCGGUUCAUGCUGAAGCGAACCAAACCAGGCCUGGUCAGCAGCAACUCCUCCGCUCGGCUCCUUGAGGACGUGCUAGUUGACAAAGAUAACGCUGAUCACAUUCAGACCACGAGAUAUUACUACUCAGUGAAAGUUCUUCCAAGCCAGGAGCCUUUCAAUGUGUGGGUGGGUUGGGUAACCCCUGAUUUUCAUCAAAAUGACAUGAUGUUUGACAUUGACAAUAACCUCACAGUGACUGUCACUCUUGGUGACGAUAGUGGCAAAGUCCAAGAGAGUGUGAAGAGGAGUAACUGUUACAUGGUUUGUGCCGGAGAGGCGACAGGUUUGUCUCGGAGCCGGAGGAGUGCUGGGUUGGAAAUUGGAUGCUUGAUCGACACAGCAUCUGGGCUGCUGACGUUUACCUCCAGUGGAGUAGAGAUGACCACCUUCUACCAAGUAGAGGCCAGUACAAAGCUGUUUCCUGCUGUUUUCGUCAAACCUACCACCAGCAACAUGUUUCAAUUUGAACUGGGAAGCAUUAAGAAUGUGAUGCCCUUAUCGGCCGGCUUGCUUCGCAGCCUCAGAACGACUUCCACACCCCACUGCCCGCCCAGGUUUCAGGUCCAGCAUCUGACCCCGGUCUCAUGGACGCGAGUGCCUGACCGAUCACUGAAGGUGAUGGUAGACCAUCCUGAUGCGCGCCAUGGCUGGAGAGUCCAGUGCCUCGAGCCUCUUCAAGUCAUGACCCUCCAAAUCCUUGAUGAAAGCAGGUGCGUGGACAUUUUGGAGCUGUCCGAGCUCAAUGGCAUCUUGACUUUUCAGUACCACACUCUACUCCUUUACUGCGCUUUAUGUGCCCUGGGCAACUCAAGAGUGUGCCAUGCCAUCUGCAGCCACGUGGACCAGUCCCAGUUCCUUCACGCCAUUCAGAAUCCACACCUGCCUGGCCCACUGCGCUCUGCGUUUUAUCAGCUUCUUGUACAGGUUCACCUCAGCAGCCAUACCUCUGCAUGUCUCAUGAUGAACAAUGAAUACAUUGUCCCUAUGUCACAUCAAACCAGAGACAUCACCCUUUAUCCAUUAAAUUGCGACAAUGCGAGAAAAUUUACACUUCCUUUAGGCAUCCCGAGCAUUAGCGGAAGCGCUUCCCUGAAACCACGGAUGCAGUUCUCCAGGCCUUGUUUUGUCACCAGUGAUGUGAUGGGACAGGAAGUAUCCUGCAGUGACAGUCCAGAAAUCCCUCUGGAUAUACUGAAGACCCUGACAGUGGAGAUGCUGACUGCAGCAGUGUGGACUGUGCAUCGGGGUGUCAGGGACCCUGUAGGUGGCAGUAUGGAGCUUCUGCUGGUUCCCCUCAUUAAACUGUUCUACACUCUUCUGGUGAUGGGGGUACUGACUGAUGAGGACCUGGCUAAAGUUCUCAAGCUGAUAGAACCUGGAGUCUUCUCUAUAGAUGAAGAUGGAAGAGAGCUGAGAGAAGACUUUCAAGACAAUUAUCCGAAACAAGGACUGCUGCAAAUGAAACUUCCAGAAACGGUCAAACUUGAGCUGUGCAACGUGCUGACCUACCUGUGCGAUAUGCAAGUGUGCCACAGGGUAGAAGCUGUGGUGGCUUUCUCUGAAAACUUUGUGGGGCAACUGCAGGAGAACCAGCGCUUCCGCUACAGCCAAGUCAUGCAGGCGCUCAACAUGUCCGCCGCUCUCACGGCCCGCAAGACCAAGGAGUUCCGCUCACCUCCACAAGAGCAGAUCAACAUGCUUCUGAGCUUCAGAGAUGGCAACCAGCAGGAGAACUGUCCAUGUCCAGUGGAAAUGCAACAGCUCCUGCAAGACUUCCACCAGCUCCUCAACACCCACUGCGGCAUUGAAUUGGACAGUGCCUCAGAAGAGGGUGAGACAGCUGAGAUGUCGGUAAAGGAUCAACUUCUAAGCCUGGGGGCAAGAGUUCUUGGACUGAAGAAGAUGCCCGCAGAAGUGGAAGAUAAUGGAACACAGAGCCCCAAGUCCCUCAAGAUGUUGAUCUCUGAAACAAUGCUGCGAUGGGCUCAAGACACUGAGAUGGAGGAGCCCGACUUGGUCAGGGCCGUCUUCUCAUUGCUGCACCGCCAGUAUCAGGGCCUUGGUGGGCAAAUGUCGACCCCUCUAUCCAAAGCUUACACAAUCAGCCAAGCUUCGGUGGAGGACACCAUGACCCUGCUUUCCUCCUUGGGCCAAAUCCGCUCAUUACUCAGCGUUCGAAUGGGGAAUGAAGAGGAAAAGCUGAUGAUCAGAAGACUAGGAGACAUCAUGAACAAUAAGGUUUUCUACCAGCACCCCAACCUAAUGAGGGCAUUGGGCAUGCAUGAGACAGUCAUGGAGGUGAUGGUCAAUGUUCUUGGAGAGAAGGAAUCGAAGGAGAUUUCCUUUCCAAAGAUGAUAGCCAGCUGCUGUCGAUUCCUUUGUUAUUUUUGCCGCAUCAGCCGACACAACCAGGGAGCCCUUUUUGACCACCUCAGCUAUCUAUUAGAAAACAGCAGCGUUGGACUAGCGUCACCAUCAAUGCGUGGGGCCACUCCUCUGGAUGUGGCAACAGCCUCAGUCAUGGACAAUAAUGAGCUGGCCCUCGCGCUGAGGGAGCCUGAACUAGAGAAGGUGGUGCACUACCUUGCUGGCUGUGGUCUGAAAAGCUGCUCACUACUUGUGGCCAAAGGCUACCCUGAUAUUGGAUGGAACCCUGUGGAGGGGGAGCGCUACCUGGAUUUUCUACGUUUUGCUGUAUUCUGCAAUGGUGAAAGUGUUGAAGAAAACGCUUACUUAGUGUUGAGGUUGCUGAUUCGUCAGCCCGAGUGUUUUGGUCCUGCCUUGCGAGGUGACGGGGGACAUGGCCUCCUAGCAGCGAUGAAAGAGGCCAUCAGCAUAUCAGAGGACUCGUCUAUGAAUGGAGCUUGCAUGGCCUACCAGUCCAACGCAACAAUAGAUACUGUCCAAGAUGGUGAGGAUGACCUCAUUCAUAUGGGGCACGCCAUGAUGACCUUCUACUCGGCCCUCAUCGACUUGCUGGGGCGCUGCGCUCCAGAGAUGCAAUUGAUUCAAAGAGGCAAAGGAGAAGCCAUCCGCAUGCGGGCCAUUCUGAGGUCGCUUAUACCCAUCCAGGAUCUUGAGGGAGUCAUUAGCAUCUCUUUUCAAACCCCAUUGCUGUCAAAAGAUGGUUUGGUGGUUGAGCCUAACUUAUCGUCAGUGUUUUGCCCGGAUCACAAGGCAGCUAUGGUUCUCUUUGUGGACCGUGUCUACGGUAUAAACAAUCAAAGUUUUCUCAUCCACCUCCUUCAAGUUGGCUUUUUGUCUGACCUUCAGACAGCUGUCUCUCUCGACACGGAUGAAUUUGGAUCCACUGACAUGGCCCUGGCCCUCAACAGAUACCUGUGCUCAGCUGUGCUUCCGCUGCUCAUCAAGUGUUCAGUCCUCCUCCACGGUUUGGAGGACCACGCUGCCCUAAUGGAUUCUCUCAUCCAGGCCAUCUACAGCCUCUCCAGGGCGUCAAGUUUAACCAAAGCCCAGAGGGACACAACUGAGAAAUCUUUGUUGGCUGUGUGCAGUAAACUCCAACCGGCUAUGAUGCAGCCUCUUCUUCGACGUCUUGUCUUUGAUGUUCCCAUUCUCACAGACCAAAGCAAGAUACCAAUAAAGCUCUUGACUAGUCACUACGAGCAGAGAUGCAAGUACUACUCUUUAACUGGCGGGCAGGGAAACCAGUGUCUGGCCUCUGAAGAGGAGCUACACUUAUCUCUGAAGCUAUUCUGGGGUGUGUUUAAGGCUUUGGCAAAAAAGCAAUAUGAGCCAGAGUUAUCCAAACUGUGUGUCCAAUGUCUCGGGGCAAUGGCUGAUGCCCUUCCUCCCGACCACUUGAACCCACAUUGUAUGUCCCAAACGGACAAAAACACUGACAGAAACUUUGACCCACAGCCUGUAGAAACCUCCAACAUGACUGUGCCAGAGAGACUGGAAUUCUCGGUGAACAAAUAUGCCGAGCAUACUCAUGACAAGUGGUCGCUAGAUAAGUUUGCCAAUGGCUGGGUUCAUGGGGAGCAGCUAUGCGAGAACACCAAGGUUCACCCCCUCCUCAAACCUUACAGGGCCCUGGCUGAAAAGGACAAGGAAGUGUACCGCUCGGCCAUUAAGGAGACGAUUAAAAGUAUGCUGGCCUUCGGGUGGACCAUAGAGCGCACCAAGGAAGGAGGUGCGUUCGGCCUGCAUACCUGCACGAGAAGAAUCUCACAGUCCGGUCAGUUGUCAUUUGAAGGAGCGUCGACCUUCAGCCCUAAACCCUUGAACACAAGCAGCAUUACUUUAUCAUGGGAUCAGUGUGCUAUGGCUGAAAAGUUGGCUGAAAACUACCACAAUUCCUGGGCUAAGAGGAAGAAAUUAGAACUAGAGAGUAAAGUGGUACGUGGGCACACAGUCCUCGUGCCCUAUGACAACCUAACUGCGAAGGAAAAGAGCAAAUUCCUACAGAGAGCCCAGGAUGUGCUCAAAUUCCUUCAGCUCAACGGCUACACAGUGUGGAGGGAUCGCAAGAAAUCGGAUCUGGAUUUUCCGGCCACAGCCAACUGUUUUGGCCACACUCUGCUCCAGCGGUUGCUGUCGUACACAGAGGAAGCUCAGGAACACAUGUUGGAGCUAGAGGUGAUGCAAGCCAGAGGACAUGCCUCUCAAGCAGAGAGAGUGUCACACCAGCACCCUGUUCAUUUUUUCCUCAAGGUUAUCGUUCCACUUUUGGAAGAAUAUGUAAAAGGCCACCGGCUGUAUUUCUUGUCCGUGUCGGUCCCUUCGGUCAUUAACAGACGCCAUGCCUCCAAAAAGGAAAAAGAAAUCAUUGCAAGCCUCUUCUGUAGGCUUGCAGCUCUUGUAAGACACAGGCUCUUUCUCUUUGGAAAUGAAACCUCAGCUGUCACAAGCUGCCUUCAUGUGUUGGCCCAAGCGUUGGAUGCAAGGACAUUAAUAAAUUCAGCUCCAGAAUCCAUCCGGGCGUCUCUGUGUUCCUUCUUUGAGGCGGCCGCGUCUGAUCUUGAGGUGACCGUGGAAAACCUCUCGAUCACCUCGGUCUCGUUUCCUCAGUGUCGGAGUCAACAGGCAAAAGGCGUUUCCAAGGUUCUCGGGUACACAACUUCCGUACUCCUCCCAACGCUCACGUCCCUCUUCCAGCAUCUUGAUAGCCAAAACUAUGGUGUUCAACUCCUAGUGGGAAGCGUGCAGGCGUCCUGUUACAGGAUCCUUAACAGCCUCUACUUACUUGGCACCAGCAGCGCCAUCUACAUGGAGGGACAGAGGCCAGCAGCAGGUGCUUGUCUAGCAGCGCUGACUGCCGCUUUUCCUGUAUGCUUCCUGGAGCCAGCCAUCAAUCGAAACAACCCUCACUCCAUCUACAACACCAUGAGUAUGCCUGAAAGAGAUGACUUGGGCUUGCCAGUUGAUGUGGAAGAAAUUUGCCCCCUCCUGCCCUCACUGGAGCAAGCGAUGUGGCAAGCAGAGGAGUUGACGGACGACAGCACCGCCGCUCGGCAGGCCCAUUACGUCCAUGUCAUGGACGUCACAUUGCCGAUGCUAUGUGCUUACGUGUCCCGCUGGUGGCGAGACAGCCCGGUCCUCACAUCUGUAACUGCUCAGCACGCCAGCGACCUGCUUGGUCACAUUCUGCGGAUCCUCCACAACCACGUGGGUGUGAGCCAGGUUGACUGGAUGAAGCAGCUGGCAGUCCAUUCCCAGCCAAUCAUCUGCAAAGCUCGUGCUGAGCUGCUGAAGAGCCACUUCCUUCCUCUGAUGGAUAAGCUGAGAAAGCGGGCGGCGCUUGUCCUGCUCGAGGAGGAGCGAAUGAAAGCAGAGGGUUGCGGUGCGUCGGAAGCAGAAUUGCUGAUACAGGAGAAGUUCACCGUUCUCGUGCGCGACCUCUACGCCUUCUAUCCGCUCCUCAUCCCCUUUGUGGACUCAAAUCGGGCCCGUUGGCAGCAAGAGUCAAACCCUGAUGCUGAGGAGCUGUUCUGUUUGGUGGCAGAGGUCUUUAUUUUCUGGGCCAAAUCUCAUAAUUUCAAGUGGGAGGAACAGAACUACGUUGUCCAAAACGAAAUCAACAAUUUAGCAUUUUUGGUCAAUGACAACACGUCAAAGGUGAGCCGGUAUUCUCAACUUGACUACGAAAAAAGGAGGAUGAAGAGGAAGGGUGAUCGUUAUUCCGUACACACGUCUCUCAUUGUGGCUUCCAUGAAGCGUCUUCUCCCGGUGGGACUGAGAGUUUGUUUUCCCAGCAACGAGAGUCUCAUCAUAUCAGCUAAGAGUGCUUUCGCUCAGAAGAACACUGAAGAUGAGAUUCGUGACUAUGUGUAUAAAUACCUUUUACAUUCUCAUGGUCAGAAGUCAUCAACAAGCUUCCACAGAGGCAUCUUUAAUUCUGAAGACCAGAAUCCACUGUUUUCCACGGCUGACUUGGAGACGACUGUGGACAAGAUCCUGAGACUUGCUCGAGUCCUCUAUUACCUUGAUCAGGUGACCUCUUAUACAGUGAAAAGAUUUCAUGUUCAGGUCGAACAUCCGCACAAGCAUAAAAGAGCGACAUGGCACAAAGUCUUGUCCAAGCAAAGGAAGCAAGCAGUGGUGGCCUGUCUAAGGAUGGCUCCUCUUUACAACCUCCCCAGGCACAGAGCCAUCAACCUGUUCCUCCAAGGCUACAAUAAAUCCUGGAUAUCAACUGAGGAGCACACGUUUGAGGAGAAGCUUGUGGAGGAUUUAGCCCUGGCGGGAGGAAGACGAGAGGAGAAAAGAGAUGGCGCCAAACUGAUCGAUCCCCUCCUACAGCUCAUCACGCUCUUUAGUUGCAGCGCCUUGACAGAAAGGUGUCGUCUUGGAAUUGACUGGCUCUAUGUUUCCUAUGUGGAGAUAAUGGCUAAGAGCUGCCAUAGGGAAGAUGAUGAUGAUGAGCAACAGGAGGUGCAAACUUUUGAAGAGAAAGAGAUGGACAAGCAAAAGUUGCUGUACCAGCAGGCCAGGUUGCAUCUUCGUGGAGCUUCGGAGAUGGUCCUGCAAAGCAUUAGUGCCAGUAAAGGGACCAUGGGCUCCAUGAUUGCCCCAACACUGAAGAUGGGUAUUGCUGUUCUCAAUGGAGGAAACGCCACUGUUCAGCAGAAAAUGCUGGAUUAUUUGAGAGAAAGACGAGAUGUUUGCUUCUUCCAGAGCAUGGCUGGACUCAUGCAGUCGUGCAGUGUACUGGAUCUGAACGCAUUUGAGAGGCAAAACAAAGCUGAAGGAUUAGGCAAGGCCACAGAUGAACGCUCAGUAGAGACUGUGAUGCCUGAUGAAGAGCUAACCUGCGACCUGUUCCGUUUUCUACAGCUGCUUUGUGAAGGGCACAACUCAGAUUUUCAGAAUUACUUGAGAACACAGACAGGCAACAACACUACUGUCAACAUGAUCAUUUCCACAGUGGAUUAUCUGCUAAGAAUACAGGAGUCUAUCAGUGAUUUCUACUGGUACUACUCUGGAAAGAAUGCCAUUGAUGCACAAGGCCAACACAAUUUUUCCAAGGCUAUCAAAGUGGCUAAGCAGGUCUUCAAUACACUCACCGAGUACAUACAGGGCCCGUGUAAUGGAAACCAGCAGAGUCUUGCUCACAGUCGUCUGUGGGAUGCCGUGGUUGGAUUCCUCCAUGUCUUUGCUCAUAUGCAGAUGAAGCUCUCACAGGAUUCAAAGCAAAUAGAGCUCCUGAAAGAGCUCAUGGACUUACAAAAGGACAUGGUUGUGUUCUUGCUUUCCAUGCUAGAAGGUAACGUUGUCAGUGGGACCAUCGGAAAGCAGAUGGUGGAUAUGUUGGUGGAAUCGUCAAGCAACGUGGAGAUGAUCCUCAAGUUUUUCGACCUGUUCCUCAAACUUAAAGACCUGACAGCUUCGGACCUCUUUCACGAUUAUGACCCUGAUCGCAAGGGAUGCAUCUCCAGGAAGGAUUUCCAGAAAGCCAUGGAGCUCUCCAAGCAGUUUUCACAAGAUGAGAGUCAUUUCCUUCUCUCCUGCAUUGAGACGGAUGAUAGCGAAAUCCUGGAUUACGAGGCUUUUGCGGAUCGCUUCCAUGAGCCGGCCAAAGACAUCGGCUUCAGCAUCGCCGUGCUGCUCACCAAUUUGUCUGAACACAUGCCCAAGGACUUAAGACUGAGGGCCUUCUUGGAGCUCGCAGAGUGUGUCUUGACUUACUUCCAACCCUAUUUAGGCCGCAUCGAGAUCCUCGGCGGCGGUAAACGCAUGGAACGCGUUUACUUCGGGAUCAGUCAAUCCAGCCGCACGCAGUGGGAGAAGCCACAGGUGAAGGAGUCCAAGAGGCAAUUCAUUUUUGACGUGGUCAACGAAAGUGGAGAGAAGGAAAAAAUGGAAAUGUUUGUCAACUUCUGUGAAGACACAAUCUUCGAGAUGCAGCUUGCGGCCCAGAUCUCUGGCUCUGUCAGCGGAGAGCGUCAUGGGGGAGAAGAAGAAAAGGAGAAUGAAGAAGCAGGCCUGGACAGGAAGGGAGUGUCUCAGUGGUGGUUUUCGCUGAUGUUUCUCAUUUCUGUCAAAAAGCUUGGCACUGUCACAAAAAUGACCCUGAAGGAUAUCCUUUUGUCAACCGUUGCCUUCCUCAGAUUUCUUUUAAUGACUAUGCUCUGGUGCAGUUGCGGUGUAGUGAGCGACACUAUACACGUGCUUUACGUAGCUUUUGUUAACGGCGGACUCAUUGAGGGAGCCAAAAGGAUGACCAUAUCCGACCUGCUCAGCGGUAUUCUCGAACCGACGCUUGAUGAGGUCACAGACGUAGCAAGUAGCGUGGACCGGGUAAGGAGGCCCUCUGCCACUUUCCUCCCUCAGAGGGAGAGCAAGCAAACAGCAGCCAUGACCUCCACCAGGGAGAUGGAUGUACUCUCUGACAUAUUUGGCCUCAAACUGAAAAGGGACGGAGGACAAUAUAGACUUGCGACACAAGACAUGACAAGCAGUCACACUGACCUGUCCAUCCCGGCUGACGCUACUUUCUCUGACAGACAUCAGGGGCCGCCCAAGGCUCACAUAGUUAGAGAGAAAAAAGCUCAGGAUGAGAUGAUGCCUGAACCAGAAAGAUGGGCGACAUGUGAGGAGACAAUUGUGAACGAGGUUGAACAGAGGGCCAAGAGACUCUCUAAUAAAUCAGAGGAUACAGGAAGCCAGAAUUCCGCUUUUGGCGAGAUGAUAAGCUCUCAUCAUAAGAGCCUGCUGAACUACUUUGCCAGGACAUUUUAUAACAUGCGUUUGCUGUCCCUCUUCGUUACCUUUGCAAUCAACUUCAUCCUCCUCUUUUAUAAGGUUGGUGUGAAUGCAGUGGUAUCUUUGCCAACAUCACCCGAAAAGGAAGUCGACACAUCACUUGACCCAGUGGCUGAAGGUGAUGAGGGUGGAGUAUAUUAUGUUCUGGAAGAAAGCAGUGGUUAUAUGGAGCCAUCACUUCUCCUCCUGGCUGUGGCGCACACGCUCAUCUCCUUCUGUUGCAUUAUGGGUUACUACUGCCUCAAGGUACCCUUGGUGAUCUUCAAACGGGAGAAGGAAGUGGCCCGAAGACUUGAGUUUGAUGGCUUGUAUGUGACACAGCAGCCCCCAGAGGAGGACAUUAAAGGCCAGUGGGAUCGGCUGGUCAUUAACACUGUGUCAUUUCCAAGUAAUUACUGGGAUAAGUUCGUUAAGAGAAAGGUGAUGGAUAAGUACGGAGACUUUUGUGGCCGUGACAAGAUCAGUGAACUUCUUGGUCUGGACCAGGUGUCCUUAGACUUCAGCUCUGAAGGAACAGAGAGGAACAGGCUCCGAAAAGACACCACCUGGGUCACUCUAUUCAGCUCCAUUGACAUCAAAUACCAGGUCUGGAAACUUGGAGUUGUUCUCACAGACAAUUCCUUCCUCUACUUGGCCUGCUACAUGACCAUGUCAGUUUUGGGACACUAUAACAACUUCUUCUUCGCGGCCCACCUUUUGGACAUUGCCAUGGGCAUUAAGACUCUUCGCACCAUCCUCUCAUCUGUCACACACAAUGGAAAACAGUUGGUCCUGACUCUGGGCCUUCUGGCUGUGGUGGUCUAUCUCUACACGGUGGUGGCCUUCAAUUUCUUCCGCAAAUUUUACAACAAGAGCGACGACAAGGAUGCCAGAGACAUGAAAUGCAAUGACAUGCUCACUUGCUACAUGUUCCACAUGUACGUGGGAGUGCGUGCUGGAGGGGGUAUCGGGGAUGAGAUUGAGGACCCCGCUGGUGAUGACUUUGAGGUGGAACGUAUCGUCUUUGACAUCACGUUUUUCUUCUUUGUCGUCGUCAUCCUGCUCGCUAUCAUUCAAGGCUUGAUAAUUGAUGCCUUUGGGGAGCUGCGUGACCAGCAGGAGCAGGUGAAAGAGGAUAUGGAGACCAAGUGUUUUAUUUGUGGAAUAGGGAACGAGUACUUUGAUAAAGUUCCUCAUGGUUUUGAGACUCACACUCUGCAGGAGCACAACUUGGCCAACUAUCUAUUUUUCUUGAUGCACCUCAUUAACAAAGACGAAACCGAACACACAGGACAGGAAUCCUACGUGUGGAAAAUGUACCAGGAACGUUGCUGGGAAUUCUUUCCUGUGGGAGACUGUUUCCGUAAGCAAAAUGAAGAUCAGCUGGGAUGAAAGGAAAUCUGAGCGAUCUUAAACCUCCCUAGAUAAUGUCAUCACAUAGAAGCCAUCUGCAUUGAUGCGGUCUGGAUUAACCGGAACUUGGUGUGCACACUAUCGAUUUUGGACUUUGAUGUAGUUUUCCCUCACACUGUAGAUGUAUUUCCAGUAUAUACCAGAGAUUCAGUGCCAUAAUUUAUUUUCAUUUUUAUUUAAAUUAAACUAGCAUGCUUUUUGUAUGGUAUCCUUCAACAAAACAAUUGUCAAAAAAGUAAUUGUUUUUCUCCAUGGGCUGUUUUCAAGUUACAAAGACCUGCAAUUCAAGUUAACCUUUGCAGUGAUGUGUGUCUCAGUAAAGCUCAUGUUUUGUGAACUAAGUCAUUUGUCUGGCUAAUCGCAGCCUCCCAACC